AUGGCCUCCAACAACCCCAUUCACAACGCUGCAUCCGCCGCUGGCGAGAAGAAGGACACAAACCCCUCCAACCCUAGUAUCAUCUCAUCUGAGGGCGCCAUUGGCAAGCAAUUCAAUCCCGAUGGUAACAUCGGCCAGAUUGGUGAGAAGAUUGGUGGUCCCUUCUCCAAGGACGGUGCCAUUGGAAGCCAGUUCAACGCCAGCAAGGGCGGUAUUGCGGGCACUGUCGAGAAGGCUGUGGAUGGACCCAGGAACCCGGCGAAGAAAUAG